AUGCCGGCCCCGGCCCCGCCGCCCGCCGCCCGGCCCGGCCAGGCCUUCACCAUCGCCGCGCUGCUGGGGCGCGCCUCGCCGGCCCCCCCGCCGCCCCCGCCGCCCCCGCCGCCGCUCUGGGGAUCGCCCCCGCCCGCCGCCCGCCGCUCGCCGCUCUGCGCCGCCUGCUGCGGGGGGCCGCCCCCCGCCUGGGCCGCCCGCCUCGGGGCCACAGGCUUCCUGAUCUCCAAGUGCUGCUUCCCCAUCUUCAAAGCCAAGACUGGCAAAGCCAAGCGGGUCCGGACCAUCUUCACCAACGACCAGCUGGCCCGGCUGGAGAAGGAGUUUGCACGGCAGCAGUACCUAGUGGGCAUGGAGAGGUGCCUGCUUGCCUCCUCCCUGCACCUCACUGAAGAACAGGUGAAAGUCUGGUUCCAAAACCGGAGGAUCAAGUGGAGGAAACAAAGCCUGGAACAGCAACAAGCCAAACUGGCCAAAAUGGGUUUGGCCACACCGCAGCGGAGCCCUGACUCACAGAGCCACCACACUGAGGAAGACAAGGACUUCCCAGCAGAGCCGGAGGAUGGCCGGGAGGACAUGUCCUUGUCCCCAGGCUCAGGGACAGCACCUGCACAGACUGUGUCAAAGCGCUGCUGA